AUGUCGUCUCCGCCGCCGCCGGUGAAGCUGAUCGGCUUCUUCGGCAGCCCGUACGCGUUCCGCGCGGAGGCGGCGCUGUGCCUCAAGGGCGUGGCCUACGAACUCAUCCUGGAGGACCUCUUCGGCACCAAGAGCGACCUGCUGCUCCACCACAACCCGGUCCACAAGAAGGUUCCCGUGCUCCUGCACGGCGACGGCCGCGCCAUCUCCGAAUCCCUCGUCAUCGCCGAGUACGUCGACGAGGCCUUUGACGGGCCUCCGCUCCUCCCCGCCGACCCCUACGACCGCGCCACCGCCCGCUUCUGGGCCGACUUCAUCGAGAACAAGCUCACCAAGCCUUUCUUCAUGGCGAUCUGGGUGGAGGACGGCGAGGCGCGGCUGCGGUUCGAGAAGGAGGCCAAGGAGCUCGUGGCGCGGCUGGAGGCGCAGCUCGAGGGCAAGAAGUUCUUCGGCGGCGACAGGCCCGGAUACCUCGACGUGGCCGCCUCCGCGCUCGGCCCCUGGCGCAGCGUGAUCGAGGAGCUCAACGGAGUGACGCUGCUGAGCGAGGACGAGCACCCCAACCUGUGCCGGUGGAGCAGGGACUACUGCGCCUGCGAGGAUCUCAAGCCGUGCAUGCGGGAUCGGGAGAAGCUCCUCGCCUACUUCACCAAGAACUUCGACAGGUACAAGGCGGCCGUCAAUGCGACGUUAUCGCAGUCGCAGCAGUGA